UUGCAUGUGUACCACCUUCCGCCUAAGUGCGAAGCUACGCUCACUCGCUCGCUGUUCCCUGCCUCCGGAAAAGCUGCUGUUCUCCAGUUACUCAACAUAAUGAUGGGGGAAGAGAAACCUUCUGUAAGAAAUCGCUGGAUUACAUCCAAAGAAAAAGAUGAGGAAAAGGAAAGUCCACCCAAAGAAGAGGCUCUACACACAUCAGAAGAGACUCUUCAGACCCCAGAAAAUAGUAAAUAUGACACUGAACAACACCUGAAAAAGAAGAUACUCUUGACCGUAGAGGCAGAGCAGUUGAAGCCAUAUUUUAUGAAGGAAGUAGGUACUCAUUUUGAUGAAUUUGUGACCAAUCUUAUUGAAAAAUCAGCCUCCCUGGAUAACUCUGGGUCUGUGAACACAUCCUUUGCUAUUCUCAAUGGAGGGAAGAAUCACCACAGAGAUGUGAUUCUGAGAAACCCUCCAGAACAAGGAAAACUUUUUGUUAUAAGAAGAUCUCUGCUGGAUGAACUAUUUGAGGUAGACCAUAUUCGAACAAUAUAUCAUAUGUUUAUUGCACUCCUCAUCCUCUUCAUUCUCAGCACAGUUGUAGUGGAUUACAUUGAUGAAGGAAGGCUGGUCCUAGAAUUCGGUCUCCUCUCUUAUGCUUUUGGAAAACUUCCUCAUGUAGUUUUGAUAUGGUUGUACAUGUUCCUAGCUACACUGAUCAUUCCUUAUGUUCUACUUGAAUACUGGGCCAAGGGAUAUACCAAGAGCUCCCGUCCAUUUUUCUAUUCUUUCUGCUAUGGGAUGCUUUUCAUGUUUUUCCAGAUUUUAGUUUUGGGAUGUGGACCAACUUAUGCUGUACUAGCCUAUACAUUGCCACCAGCUUCCCGAUUCAUUGUCAUUCUUGAACAGGUACGUUUUAUUAUGAAAGCUCAUUCAUUUAUUCGGGAGAAUGUUCCUCGGGUUUUGGCUGCUGCUAAGGAAAAAUCACGCACUGUUCCAGUACCCCAAGUCAGCAAGUACUUGUACUUUUUGUUUGCACCUACUCUUAUCUAUAGAGACAAUUAUCCCAGGAAUUCCACUAUCAGAUGGAGUUAUGUAGCUACUCAGUUUACACAGGUUUUUGGUUGCUUGUUUUACACAUAUUACAUCUUUGAAAGACUCUGUGCUCCCUUGUUUCGGAAUGUCAAACAAGAGCCCUUCAGUUUGAGAGUUUUGGUUCUGUGCAUAUUCAACUGCAUUUUGCCAGGUGUGCUGAUGUUAUUUCUGUCCUUUUUUGCAAUAUUGCACUGUUGGCUUAAUGCUUUUGCGGAGAUGUUACGCUUUGGGGACAGGAUGUUCUAUAGGGAUUGGUGGAACUCAACAUCAUAUGCCAACUAUUAUAGAACGUGGAAUGUCGUGGUUCAUGACUGGCUCUAUUACUAUGCAUACAAAGACUUCCUCUGGUUUUUUAGCAGGAAGUUCAAAACAGCUGCCAUGAUGUCUGUCUUUGCAGUGUCUGCCAUAGUGCAUGAAUAUGCCCUGGCCCUGUGCUUCAGCUUUUUCUAUCCAGUCCUCUUCGUACUCUUCAUGUUCUUUGGAAUGAUUUUCAAUUUCAUUGCCAAUGAUAAUCGGAAGCAACCUAUUUGGAACAUCAUGAUGUGGACAUCUCUUUUCUUGGGGCAUGGAAUCCUAGUGUGUUUAUAUUCUCAUGAGUGGUAUGCACGUCAGCAAUGUCCUUUAAAAAAUUCCACAUUUCUAGACUACAUAAGACCACGCUCCUGGACAUGUCACUAUGUGUUUUAAAAACCUGGACUGAAGUUUUCUCCCUUGAUUAAAUGUGUGUGCCACCUAAUUCUGGAGAAGCAGCCGCUUAAACAUAAAAAGCUAUGCUGCAUCAAGUACAAUUGGAUUGCUGCAAGUGACCCCAUCCAUUUAUAGGUGACAAAGGUGCCUGUGCCGUGCCAGUCAUCUAAAGCCAAGAUAAUGAGUGAAGUCCAGCAGCAUCUUGUUAAGCAGGAAUUUUCCUCUCUUUUGAGAGUAAUCUCUAAGGUACAGACAGAUUUUUGACUGAGUCAAUUCUGUACAAAGCUUACUGGUUAUAUUCAUUCAUUAUUUAUCUUUCUAUUCUCAUUUAUUAAACACUGGGUAUGUUUUCUUAGUGACUGAAAUAGCCAAAACACGUGUGAAAAGGUCAUGCUUUAAAUCUGUUGUUUGCAACUUGUUUCUAUGCACAUUGUUGUUAUAUGUGUUGAUUAAAAAUGUAUUUGAA